AUGCGCUACUCAUACACACUUCUCGCCUUUGCCGCUACGGCUCUGGCCCUUCCUACUGCAAAGCCCGCCGAUGACGGUUCAUGGGCGCCUGGCAAAUACGAGGGCGGUGAUACUGGCAAGGAUGACGGCAAGUGGGCUCCUGGCAAGUAUGAGGGCCCCGGCACCGGCUUUGACGAUGGCCAAUACCACCCUGGCAAGGACGGCAAGAAGGUCAAGCGCUACGAUGACGGUAGCUGGCAUGAGGGUAAAUACGAGGGAAAGCCAGGAACCAAGUACGACGAUGGCAAGUGGUAUCCCGGCAAGUACCCCGGCGGCAAGGAGAAGCGCAACGACGACGGAUCCUGGCACGAGGGGAAGUAUGAAGGUGGCAAGACUGGCUACGAUGACGGUAAAUGGUACCCUGGAAAGUACCCCGGCGGAAAGGCCAAGCGCAACGACGAUGGUAGCUGGCAUCCCGGCAAGUAUGAGGGAAAGCCAGGAACCAAGUAUGAUGACGGAAAGUGGUAUCCCGGAAAGUACCCCGGUGGCAAGGCGAAGCGUGAGGAUGAUGGAAGCUGGCACGAGGGCAAAUACGAGGGCGGCGACACUGGCCUUGACGAUGGCAAAUGGGAAGAGGGCAAAUAUGAAGGCCCCGGCACUGGCUUCGAUGAUGGCCAGUACCACCCUGACCACAAGACCAAGCGCAAUGACGAUGGCAGCUGGCACGAGGGAAAAUAUGAGGGCGGCAAGACUGGUUAUGAUGAUGGAAAGUGGUACCCUGGAAAGUACCCCGGCAAGGAGUAA